AGCCCAAGCUUUUUGGGCUAAAUCAGCUCUUUGAAUUUCCAAUUUCUUUUUUGUUUGCGGGCUUUUUUACCCUUCACCUGCAAAAAUCAGAAACCAAACUCCUCACCCUAAAGCAGAAACCUAUCCACACGCCGCCGUCGAGGCGCCACUUCCAACCACCACCGCGGCGCCGCCGCCAGCUACCAAUCUUCACUGUCUACCAGCUUUUUCCCGAACUCGCGCCGGAGUCCCCAUCGAGGUGCCGCAACCUUCUGAUUACCACCGUUUUUGCGUACCAGCAAUCCGCCUCCGCAUCGUUGAAUAAAUGGGCAGACAAGCUUCUCAGCUGAAAAUCAAUCCAAAGAAAUUUGGGAACCUUCAGAAACCUUGCAUGAGAGAAAUGAUGCAGUUUCUCAGUUGUUUGGCUUUAACUCAAGGCGAUGAUAAAAGAUGUAGCCGACAGAAGUCUUUGUUGAGCUCGUGCAUGGAUGCUCAGGCUACCAAUACCAAUAAGCGAAAACCUUGGGGCAGCAUUAACUAUCACCUUCAAAAGGGCAGGGUUAAGAAGUAAUGACUUUUACUUUAGAGUUUUUCUUGUUUUUUGGCUCUUGACUUAAACAAAUGGUAUCCUGAUUGAGAGUUCUGUGUAAUUUUGUUUAUGGGUUUGGAUUUUUGGUGGGAGAGAAUGAAUAAGAAAAAAACUGGGGUAAGUAUUUUACUAGGAAAUAGCUGUUACCACCUCAUAUUAUUUCUUUGGAAUCCAUUUGAUGAAACAUAAAGUUCAGUUUCUCAAAA